CUGCAAUUCAAACUGUCAGCGGUUGUUUUACAUAAUUCAAAAUGGAGAAUCGGCUCUGAAACGAUUAGUUUCGUAAGUAUUAUAGCGAGAUGGACCAGUUAUUACUGGACGCAAAACGCUUAGCAUGUCGUCUUCGUGAGCAUAAUGGCUCAGCGGAUGCACUCAUUAGUCAAGCAAAUGGUCUUCACUGUAAAUUGGAUGCAAUGAAGCAGGUAGAAUUGUCAAAUUGAACUUUCCAUAUCAUUAUCUAGCAAAACAAAUUAAGAACUUGUAGUCAUCAAGCUGCAAUGUAAAUUAGCCCUAACAGUUAUAUACGUUGUGGUUACUUUUAGUUAGUCUUGCAGAAGGUAAACAGUAACCAAGCUAUGACAAAUUUCGCCUUAAAAUUCGAGACCUUCGCUACGGUUCACCACAAACUAUAGCAUUAGUUACUGAGGGGGUUAAGGAGCAGUUCAGUUACAAUGAGUUAGUUUUCACAACCGCCAAAUUUGGUGGACAUUCACCCAGAACAUUUUAAAAAAUAUUUUGGUCGCAAUAGGUAAGCAUUGCUACAUGUAUAUUCUAGUCGGUGAUCAUCUCAGUGAGAAACACCACAAAAGAAGUCAUCGAAAAUAAGUCCUGAGUAUCAAUUCAGGUUUAAAUGCUUUUUAAAUCUAGGAUCUUACAUUGUUCAUAGCUGGUUUACCUUAGUUUGGUUGCUCAUUGUGUAGGCUGAUGAGUGUUCCAUUUUGUGUUACAGUACCAUGACUUGGUCAGUGAUCUAAAUGAAGUGGCAAAUCGCAGGCCACGCAGCACACUUAUCUUGGGCAGUCAAGAAGAAAAUGCCCGUAUAAGGGAAUUGCAACAAGAAAAUAUUGAGCUUCAGACAUCAGUAGCAGAAUAUCAGUCAGCUUUGGAGCUUAUCAUGGCAAAGUACAGGGAUCAGGUUAGUGUCUUAAACAGCAUUUCCUUUAGUAGAUGUGGGGACAAGAUACAUUUACUACCUCAGAUGGUUUUCCCAAAGCCUCUAAUUACACUUUUUGAAGCCUAGGUGAGUAAUGUGAAAGGUAGACAGUACUCUUGGAGUACAGUGUAUCAAUAAAGACACUAUUGGCUAUUGUAUCCCAAACAUAUGUCAUUUCAUAUGUGCAAACUCUACAAGAUUAUACCCGAGUCUCUCAGUCUCAGGAGCAGAGUGACUGUGCCAAGUUCUAAUACAAUCAUCCAAGUCCCUUUGUUAAAAGCUAAUUUGAAUAUCCUUCCUUUGAAAAAAGGAGAAAUCAUUGAACCUUGUUGUAUACCUCCUUUAGGCAUUUCAACUAUUGAGUAUUGAUUAAAUCAAAUUCCUGGCUCCCAGGCCAAAAUCUGCUUUUAAAUGCAUGCUUCAUGCCAGGUUUCAUUACAUGUUGAGUUGGCUAUCUUCGAGUUUGCUAUAUGUUUGCUACUAACAUACCAAAUUUGCAGCCUCUGAUAAUUCAGUUUUAAUUUCUCUUUUAACCAUAAACCACAAGCAAUAUCUGUAAUUUAUACUCCCAACAACCAUUUUUUUAGUAGCCAGGUCAGUUAAACUGAUCAUAUGCAAAUUGCAUUUUAAUUUGCUCGCAACCAUCUUGUUAAUAUUCAGGAAUGUUGUAAGGUUGCAUUUUGCAAGUAAACCUCAUUGUAGGGUGGAAUAUGUAUUGGCAAAGUCAACAAAACUGUCAGCUCUUUUAUUAGAAAUGUCCCACAGUAAAAAGACGUCAUCAAGAAAUCUAUUCCAGACCAAAGGUUAGAGGGGCUAGCAAUUAACGGUCAUUUUUCUAGGUCUACCAUAAAAUGGCAGAGAAGGCAACUGGUGUCUUAUUUCCCACAGCAACACCAAGUGUUUGUAUGAAGAAUUUUUCAUUGAACUUGAAAGAAUUUGCUUUGAGUAUGAGCAGCAAAAGUUCCCAUAAAUCAUUUGUGGGAAUUGGUAAAUUAUGCUUAUAGUGAUCUUCGUAUUAUGGCAAAUAUAGUCAAUCCCUUCUGUCUGAGGGAUGUUUGUGUAAAGGGAGCUCACAUCCAGAGUGGCGUGUUUCCAAUAAAGGGGAUGAAAUUGGUAGUGCCUUUUAAAUAUGGCUCCUGUUUUUGUAUGAUGGGUUGUAAUAGAGAGUCAAUGAGGUUUCAAUAUUUCUUUAAGUUAAGAAGGAUUUAGGAUUUUAUAUGAUAAUAAUUGUAAUCAAAUUACGAUUUUAGGUGAUGAGUAUAAUCAAUGUUGUAUAACAAGCUUUUCAAGUGCUGUGUGUAGUAGCCUAGAUUUGGUACCCCUAGAUUCAAUUUGUUUAUGUUACUCUGAGUAGAAAUCUUUUAAGUGUGCAUAUAGACUCUGAACUAUAUAGUUUAAUAAAAUAAAGAAAGUACUGUAAAAUUAAUAAUUUUGACUAUUCUUUACUGGUUUUGUGCUUUCUCUCUCUUGUAAAUGCCAUUGUUCCAUGAUAAUAUGCUAAAACAUGGCACCCAUUUCAGCUUGAGUAAGGCAGAUUUCUUUAAAUCAAGAUGUUGAUUCUAAAAGAUCAUGGAAGUAGAAUGAUAGAAUGGUAGGAUGAACUAAGUAGCUAAUUUAGCAUGUAAGUAGUGAACAUGUAGCAAACUCGAACAUAGCGUACUUGACAAGUAGCAAAACCGGCUGUUACCAAAUGCCCUACUAAUUUUAUAGAACUUAGCUAAGUCAAAGCAGGCAAUCUGAAGUAGGCAAGAUGGGCCUAUUUUGCUGGCUCAGGUAGCCUAUCAGAACACUGGAUGCAUUUCAUAUUGCCUACAGGCACUGCCAGCAAUGUAAGAAACAAAGAUAUGUUGAUGUUGAAGUUUAUUUUAUCAUUUAUUAUAUCUUCAUUUUCCUCAAUUUUCAUUAUAAUUGUGCAUUAAUAUUUAUGAAGAAAGAAAACCACAUGAAGGUUUUUGUUUAUUUUGCCCAAAGGUUUCUCAACUUAUCAAAGCAAAUAGACUUGAUGCCAGUUGCAUGAAACUGAACAAUUACAAGGUAGUGUACAAUAUACCUUUCCAUUUACGGGGUGUAAAAGGGUCAAAAAUUAACUUUUUGAAGGGUGGAUGACAAGUGGUGAACAAAGGCUUUUUUUUAAGCUUCAAGAUGGAACAGUUUGGUUCACCGGAGUUUUUCUUAAGUAUUCAGGGAAGGUGGAAAAAGUGAGAUUUCACAUAUUUCUCUGAGCUUCAAAUAUAUUCCAGUCAUGAACAAUUAUUAGAACAAGUAUUGGCAUUUCAUCCAAUCCCAAGAUACUUAGUCAUCUCAUUCUUUAAUUUGCUUCUAGCCUCAACUCUAGACCAUACACUAUUUAGCUUGACAAUUGGGCACAACAAGUUAGUGAUCCAGCACUUUUUACCAUCAGCAUUCCUGGAUGAUCUAUUUUCAUAGUUGUAUUUUACUGUUAUUUGAGCAUAUGUAUUUGUCUUUCUCUUUCAGGAAUUACAGGCCAAGACAGAGCAAAUAUGUGAAAUGGCUGCUGUUAUGGCACAAGCAAUCUACAUAGAUGAUGAAGCUAUUCAACAGGAGCAAGAAAAAAUGGCUUCUAUUGAGUCAGAAAACAGAGGCCUGAGAGAAUUGUUAAAGAUUAGUGGAAUACCAUAUCCUGAAACAACAGGAAAUGAAGAGAAAGCUUUGCCUGAUGGCCAGCCAGACAGUCAGGAAACUUCUGCAGAUUGAUUUAUUUUUAUUGUAUUGUUGGCUGUGAUCUAGGCUUUCAGGUGUUGUAAAAACAUAUUUAGAUUUCCCUUGAUUGAAAAUACAGAUGCACAUGUAAUAUGCAGACUGUGAAAAUACAAUGAAAGAAAUUCAGUAAUGGAGUGAAAUCUUAGUCUCAUGGAGAAGGUAAUCAUGGAAAAAACUUAUUUUUUUCAUUUUCUUAUGUGAUAUUAUUCCAAAGGUUGAAUAAUUAUUCCCACAAUUUAUCUCAUAUACAGGAAUAUUCCACACUGAGUAUAUUAAAGUAGACUUUAAAGAACAGAAUUAGUGUAGUUUAGUCCCAUCCCAGGUCAGCGUCUUGAUUCUGACCUCUUCAUAGGCCAUGGUAACUAGAAAAGUACUGUUUUUUUGAGCUGGGGUUAAACUUUGCACCAGGGUUUUAGCGCAGACAUUUCCAGAGGAGACAGGCUUUGCACCAAACGUUAUGUUGAGCCAGGCAGAUCGUUUCACGUACCCGAAGUGAACUAAAUUAAAGCGGAUCGAAUGAGAGAAGUUUUUAGAACAUGUUAAAUUCGAAUGCUGUUAUCCAAGAUGACAUACGGUCCCGAACCGAGCAAGCAGCAACCCGAUUAAAUCAGUUGUGAGUAACGAAAGAAGUCGAUAAGAAUAGUAAGUCGUCCAAAUUACCAUAAUUUAGCUCGGCUUACCCCCGACAAACGACCGGUAUAUGCAGUCACCAAGCACCUGAUGACAAAUUAAGGGAUGUAUGGCUAGCUUUAGGUCUGCCUACUUGCCAUUGCCUGUCUUAGGAUGAUGUCUGGCGUCAAUCACUUAAAGAAACUGGAUGAAAAGUGGUCGAGAUCACUUCAGUGAUCCAUCAUGGACCACGAGAACUAAUCAUGUCGAUGGCGCUCGUUGAUCAAAAAUUACCUGAUCGUCUGUAAGGUGCCUCUUCCAUCAAAUCAUGAACUCGCGUUCAUCAAAGUAAAGACGAUGUUUUCACGUAGUUUUUAUUUCAUGGAUUAGGUGUAAAUGAAAAGAGAUGUAAGAAAUUUAAAAUCAUGGUAAUUAUUUCCUCUCUCGGCGGCCAAAACACUAAUUUGAAACGAAAAUGGAUAUAAGAUAUAAUUACAUGCCAAAUAAUAAUUUUCUUUACGACUGGCCUUUAGGUGAUUGUGGAACAGUUUAACUUUAACUAACAGCCAGACCAAGUGGUUUGUUAAGUUCAUUGUGUUCUAAUGAGAACUACU